AAACACAUGAUGAUAUAUAAUUAUGGUGCAUUUCGACAAGCACAAUGCUUCACCGUUAACUUUGAGGAAGGAGAAAGAGACAAAAUAAUGGUAUUCCAUACCCACAAUCACAAAGCUUAAAGAAUAUGCUACUCCAGUGACCACCCUUAAGAGGUUGUCUCAACCAAUUAUUUCAGUGAUGCAGUCCGUAGAGUUGUGUGAUUUUUUUGUGAAAUAUGUCAAGCAUUAAUCGGUCAUGACCCCCGACAUAAACUAAUCCUUUCUUUGAUCACCAGAACAUUCCAACUUCUUGCUUAUUUUUUUAGUAAGAGUCUCUUUGUAGUUUGUGGUCUCUAGGCUAAACUGCUUCUCUUGAUCGCUGUCCACUAUUCCAAGGCACCACCACCCCCAUGAAGGAAACAUUGCGAUACCUUGCAGGCAUUGCAGGCCCGAGUGGUUAUGGCUCAAAUUCAACUGCCGAGCAAGUUAUUCAAGAUUAUGCUUGCUCGGGCCCUCCCCAUUUAACUGCCAUCAUCACUGGGGCUACGUCAGGUAUUGGAGUUGAAACUGCAAGAGCACUAGCUAAGAAAGGUUUGAGAAUAGUGAUUCCUGCAAGAGACCUGAAAAAAGCUGAUGAACUGAAGGAAGUGAUACGAGAAGAGAGUCCAAAGGCAGAGAUAGUUAUAUUUGAGACUGAUAUAAGCUCAUUUGUUUCUGUAAGGAGAUUUUGUUCUGGUUUUCUCGCUCUGGGACUACCCCUUAACAUCCUCAUAAAUAAUGCUGGCAUAUACUCUCAGAAAUUGGAGUUCUCCGAAGACAAAAUUGAGAUGACAUUCGCUACAAAUUACUUGGGACAUUUUUUGUUGACAGAGUUGCUAUUAGAGAAAAUGAUAGAAACAGCAGAGCAGACAGGCAUCCAAGGAAGAAUAAUAAAUCUUUCCUCUGCAAUUCACAGCUGGGUGAGGAGAGAUGCUUUUUGUUUCAGCAAAAUGCUUUACCCAGGGAAUUAUGAUGGUACAAGUGCAUAUUCUCAAUCAAAAUUGGCUAAUAUAUUGCAUGUCAAGGAAAUUGCCACAAAGCUCAAGGCAAGGAAUGCAAGAGUGACAAUGAAUGCAGUACACCCAGGCAUUGUAAAGACUGGAAUAAUGAGAGAUAGUUAUAAGGGCUUUAUCACAGCAGAUUCCCUUUACUUGAUUGCGUCCAAGUUACUAAAAUCUACAUCUCAGGGUGCAUCAACCACAUGUUAUGUUGCUUUGAGUCCACAAACAGAAGGUGUGAGUGGAAAAUAUUUUGCAGACUGUAAUGAAAUUAACUGCUCAGCUCUAGCAAAUGACGGAUUAGAGGCACGGAAACUUUGGAUGCAGACCCAUGCACUGCUGCAAAGAUAUCUGUAUCCGCCACCAACACAGCAUGUUCUUCUAUGUGACUGAGAAUACAUAUUUAGGAGUCAUGUGUAUUUACAAGUUAGAAGCUCUAUUAAUGUACGUAUAACUUAAUAAAGGGAUUCAUAAGAGCAGGGGCCAAUAAAAAAGUGAUGGAUAAUUUAAAUUUGCAUUUAGAAUAAAGGGAUGGUAAUGCUACAUUCUUGUAAAAUAGGGUCAGGGUGAAUAUAAGAUUGAGUUCAGUUUCUGAAAUUAAUAAAAGGGAUUAUUUCAUUUCCACAA